AUGGACGUUACGACGCGAUGGAACAGCACGUUGGAUAUGCUGGCUCGUUACCUCGAGCAGCAAGCUGCCAUAGCAGCAGCUCUCACCAGCCCAGAGAUAAGACAAAACGCCCGAAGCAUUGAUACACUUGACAGCUGCGAUGUCAGAGAUGCUGAAGACCUUGUGAAGCUGCUGCAUCCUUUGAAGACAGCCACCACAGUGUUGUGUGAGGAGAAGAGUCCCACAGUGUCUCUCAUUGUGCCACUGAAGAGCAUGAUUGAACAGAACAUGACACCAAAUGAUGGAGAUUCCACCACCGUGGCCAACACAAAGACUGCAAUCCUCACGAAUAUUGCAAACAGAUACAGUGGGGAUGCCUUCAACUAUCUGCUGGAGUGCACGGUACUGGACCCAAGGUUCCGGACUCUACCUCAGCUAGACCAUGACCAGCGUGAGGCCGUCUUCCUGAGGGUACAGAACAAGGCAGAACAGUUGCUGCAAAAACAGACCACAGCUGAGGAGAGGGAAGAAGGGGCAGCAGGUGGAGCUCACUGUCCCACACACGGUAGAGAGGAGGCUGUGAGAGAUGAUGAGCCCGAAGUGACAGAACCUGCUCCCAUAAAGACAGCACUUGAGGACCUGUUAGGGAACUCUUUUUCUACUGAGCCAGAGGAGUCCAACAGUUCAAAACAGGCUGAGAGGGAAGUUGAAAACUACAGAAAAGAGGCCUCUAUCCCUCUCAGUGGCUGCCCUCUGAAGUGGUGGCAAGAACACUGCUCCCAAUAUCCUUUGCUGUCUCACCUUGCCAAAGCGUGCCUUUCUGUCCCUGCUACCUCCGUUCCAAGUGAGCGCAUCUUUUCAACAGCAGGAGACAUAGUCAAUGCGCAAAGAUCCCAACUGCUGCCAGAGAAUGUGGACAUGCUAAUAUUCUUAAAAAAGAACAUGGCUGUGUAGUUGCAGCAAGUUGUCAGUGACAUACUUGGUCAGGCUCU